CACAAUUCCCCAACUCAUAUGGAAACGGGAUUUGUAAUACUCUUCCAACACACCACAGAGAUUGCACUCACAACAUCAAUAGUAGUAGUCGUGGUUGUGUAAAGAUGCAUGUUUUAUAUUACAGUACAGGUCGUGGCAGUAUAACUGGACACAUGAUCCUCCUAGGAUCACUCAUCACAUCAGACACCCUUUUUAAUUAAACAUGGCCUGAGGGGAAGCACCAUGCCCUGCAGAAUACACUCCGCACUGCAAGGUGAAGCCGAAGGAGAGAAGCACCAGGACCAAACUACACCACAGAAACCCAAGACGUGGACGUUCUUUCUAUUAGUCGUGACUCUCUUGUAUGUUCUUCUGGGGAUUACUGCAUCAGGAUGUUGUGAACAUUUUUGGAAGCCUCCCAUCCUGCAUCCUCCUUCACACCCCACAACAUCUCCAAAAACUGUCUGGAUGACUCAGGGAAGGCUUGUCCGACACAUACCAUGGCCUCUCAACCCCCGGCGGGAUGGAGGGAGAUGACAAACGGGGGCGGGCACCCCCACCAUGUCAACAAUGGAGGGCAGGCUGGGGGGGCCCACAGCAGCGCACGAUAUAUGCUGAAGAGACAACAACAACGACGACACAGACGCAGGUCAUCUUCACCCAUGGGCAGGGUCAUUCUUAUCAAUGCACCUGUUGAUGGUGGAGACGACAGCGCAGACAUCCACACAGUGACCGUGGACAAGACUCUGGAUGGACGUCUGGGCUUCAGCGUCCGAGGGGGUUCCGAACACGGACUGGGGAUGUUUGUCAGCAAGGUGGAGGACGACAGCUCUGCAGCGCAGGCCGGGCUCACGGUGGGAGACAAGCUGGUGGAGGUGAACGGAGUCAGCCUGGAGAGCAUCACCAUGAGCAGCGCCGUCAAGGUCCUGACGGGCAACAACAGGCUGAGGAUGGUGGUGAGGCGCGUGGGCAAGAUCCCAGGGAUCCGCUACUCCAAGGAGAAGACCACCUGGGUGGAUCUGAUCCACAGAAGGAUGGUGGUGGAGGAAGGGGGGCGCACGCCAUCAGAGGCCAGUUCGGACAGCGCCCUCCGCAGGAUGGUGCACCUCUUCACCACGUCGGACGACUACUGCCUGGGCUUCAACAUCCGGGGAGGACGAGAGUUUGGACUGGGAAUCUACGUCUCAAAGCUGGACCCGGGCGGGCUGGCGGAGCGGCACGGCAUCAAGAUGGGGGAUCAGAUCCUGGCCGCCAACGGGGUCAGCUUUGAUGACAUCACACACAGCAACGCCGUGGAGGUCCUGAAAAGCCACACCCACGUCAUGUUAACUAUUAGGGAAGCUGGAAGAUACCCUGCGUACAAGGAGAUGGUGGCAGAGUACGGGUGGCUCGACAAAUUGGCCAACGGGGCGGCAGUGUCUUCCUCCCAAGGCUCCGACUCCCACUCCUCCACCUCCUCCAUGUCCUCCAGCACCCCACUCAGCUCCCUCAGCGGUCUCUCCCAGGUCCUGUUCCCGCCCGUCUUUGGCGCAGACAUGGUGGACGUGGCCAUCUCCACGGAGGACCGCUCCAGACGUCCAAGCGCCAGGCAGGCAACCGCGGACACGGCCAUCCAGACCGAGACCUCGCCGGACGCCUCCGGGGAAACCGGCCGGAUGGUCGGCGCCACUGUUCGGCUGAAGGACACGGUCAUACACGGGAUGGGGGAGGGGCCGGGAGAGAUGGGAGGAUGGACCAGGGCGCCGUCAUCUGGUGAUCAAGAGGUGGUGAAACACGAAGGUCCUAAGACGAAGGUCCUGAUGGCCCUGAGUAGACCUCGGAAGCCCAUCAGACGAUCCCAGAGUCACAUCACUCUAUCAGAGGACCAGCAGAAGAAGAAGAAGAAGAAAAUACUGCAAAAAGAGAAAAGCAGCCCGGAAGGAAAGUCCAACCUCCAGCGCUCCAAAACCUUCGUCAGUCUAUUUUUCAGGAGAGAUCGCAAGGAAAGGAGCAGAUCAAGAGACAAAAGAAAAAGUGCUGAUGUCAGCGGAGACCACCCAUCGCCUGCCCUGGAGACCCUGCAGCACGUGGAGGACGUGUCCAGGAAGACCCUCAGCCAGGACGAGGUGGCGGCAGUCAUGAGGCACUGCCAGCGGUAUUUGUCUGACAAGGUGCUGGAGGACUUAGUGCGCCCCCUUGUGGCCAUCUUGGACCGGCCAGAGAAGGCGCUGCUUCUCAGGGAAAUAAGGAUGUUGAUUCCUGCACGGGACUUGUGUGCUUUUGACAAGAUGGUGAUGCCCUUUGAACUGCAGGCCUUCAACGCUCUGAAGAGUGCAAGUGUGCUUUCUACAGCUCUUCGCUCCCCUCGCAGCGGGGCCCCUCGACGCCACCUCAUCACCCCCGUCCCAGACUACAGAGGUGGAUUCCUCCUCCAGCCUGUACUGACACAGAAUCAUCACUUGAUAGAAAACAUGGAGGCUCUGAGUCUGUCCCAGCGAGGUCACAUGACCUCAUCUCAGUUGUUCCCCGCACUGCUGGACGUACCCGUGGACAGUUUCUCCUCGUCCUCCGAUGUCCGCCCCCGCUCUCUCAGCCCGUCGCCCGCCCUCACACCCCCCCCUCACGGCUCCCAACGUGGGGGCCACCACACCGCUGUUGGAGGCCCCGAGCGAGGACGCUCGCCUGUGAGGAGAGGGAGGGACCUGAGUCCUGAGACUUUAAGGACACACGGGGCCCACAGUCUUCCCUCACCUCGGACCACCAGGACGCCCCUGAAGGAGGUUUUUGACGGACCCCCCAGGGUCUCAGUUAACGGACAUUCUGAUAGUGGAAAUACUGGAGAGUACGAUAUCUCCACACUGACCAUCUCCAAAGCCAAACAGUCGCUGGGCAUUAGUGUCUCUGGAGGGAUGGAGUCCAGAGUGCAGCCUGUGAUCAAGAUCGAAAAGAUCUUCCCUGGAGGAGCUGCCUCCAUGAACCAUGCUUUGAAGGCCGGCUUCCAGCUGCUGUCCGUGGACGGUGCGAGUCUGCAGGGCGUGACUCAUCAGCACGCCGUCGACCUCAUCCGCCGUGCGUUCAGCAACAAGGCCAAAGACCCCAUGGUGCUGGUGGUCAAAGUCCCCAAGGUGCCGCCCGGGGGGAGCUGCUGACCGACUAUACUUUUCUACUGGGCACUUUUUGUUUGACAUUUUUACACCAAUAAAUUGUGUAUCAGGCGCUUGAAGACUUUGUGAUUGAUGGACCACGGCCAGAAGGCGAUAAUCCCCAAGUGCAUUAUGGGAUUUUUGAUGUCUGCAGAUUAAAUCUGUCUCACGUCCACCGGGAUGCUUUGGCCUUUAGAGAUUAUUGUUAUUUAAUGUUAUUACCAACAUGGCUGCUCAGUGGUUUUAGAGGCUUUAAUUACAGCAUCACUCAGGCAAUGUGAGCAGGAGAGAAGGUGCAAGUUUAAAAUGGAAAUAUGAUCAAAUAUUCAAUAAAAGACAUUGUGUAUAAAGUGCUGUAGUGGGCAAAAAAAGCAAAGAACUAUGAAUCCAUGGAUGUAGACGACCACAACGUAUGUUGCCAGACGGGAUGUGCAGGAGCUGCACC